ACGUGAGUACGAUGUGUGCUAUGCGUUACGUGCCCGUAGGCGUGCGGUGAGACGAUUAUCGAUCGGAUGUCAGUACUGCUGAAGUGUGUUGAUUGAUCAGUGAAAGGACGACUGGAACCCUAUGAUACAGGGUAGGACCGGCGUGCUCUUUCCUCGUGCCAAUGGACCAAGUCCUGCCGUUCCCUCCUCGUCUGAUGUUUGAAGUUUGCUUUCAAUAUCCAUUGACUUGAGCUCCUCCAUGUUUGCUAUUUGAUGGGUUCGAAUCGCCGUUGAUUUCCCUCCGAACAUGAUCAAAGCUUCAAUCCCUCCUGAACCACAAAACAUACCAGAGCCAAUGUCUGACAGCACUGAGUCGCCACCACCUGCCGGCAUGGCAUCCUUCCGGUCUCGCGUCAUUGGCACCUGGGGUCUGGUGUCUUACGUCGCCAUCAGCCUUGAGAACCCCGAAGACAUCGUCUACCCAAUGGGCAAGGAGUGCAAAGGUCAAAUCAUGUAUAGCAAAGACGGGUACAUGGCAGCUUUGCUACAAGAGGCGGACCUCAAAUCAUUCGACCAUGACUGGAAAGAGGGCACUACUCUGGAGCUGGCCAACGCAGCAAAGAAGACCAUUGCGUACUGCGGUCCAUUCUACCUUGACGAAGAAGACGGAAAGCCACAAAAGAUCGUCCACCAUGCUCAGAUCAGCGUUCAGCCCAACUGGAUCAACACUCUGCAAAUCCGAUGUGCAGAUCUGUUCGAGGAAGACGGCCAGGACUACAUCAUGCUGGGACCGGAGUCUCCGACCGAAUGGCAGGGCGUCAAGCGACUUCUCCGACUGAAAUGGCGAAAGCUCACUCAGAACGACGCAGCUCAGCCUCCAGCUGACGCCAAAGAGCUCAAGAUUUAACAAGUGGUGACAAUGGAGGAUAGCAUAAACCGCGGCAAGACGAGCAAGACGAGCAAGAUGAGCAAAUGGCGCUGCAUUACAAUCGUUCCAGCAAUCAGAAUCAACGGCAAUUUGCAGCAACGAACGGGUUUCUAUCGUUGUUUGAGCUGACGGAGGAUGAUUUGCAUUGCGUGUUCAGGCGCCUGAAGAGAUGCAAGCCAGAAGGAGAUGGUAUGCUGUAUUUCGUACCUGGACCUAAGCAGAAAUCGAGAUAAAGCAAACUGUG